AUGGAUGCCCCACCGGAUCUACCUGCCGGGUACCCUGAUGUAGGGGCACAAAAGAUGGAUGAGGACUACGACCUGACUGAUUUGCAGGGCCUUCUCAAUUUCUUGCGUGAUGCGAACAUCCUUCUGAUCCGAGGACAAUACCUGAAGAAGCUUCUUGACAAAGGCCGUGCUUGGCCACGUCGCCAGGAGUUGGAGCAGGAGGCUCUCGCUGCAGGAGGAAGCUCCACAGAGUUCUUCAUUGAUGGUCACACGAUGAGCAAGAUGCCUGUGCCCUCUGACUGGACGAAGGAAGGAGGCUGCCCCUUCGUGGCCAUCUCACACUGCUGGGAAGCACGAGAACAUCCAGACCCGUCGCGUCACCAGCUGCGUCUGAUAGUCCAGCAGAUUCUGAACUUGGGGAGCCCAACUCUUCCCAAAUCUUGGCUGAUGCGCAGGAACCUUCCCCAGGAUUACUAUUUCUUUAUUGAUUUCAUGAGCCUGUACCAGUACGAGCGUAGCACCGACGAGCAGAAUCGCAGUUUUCAGGCAGCGAUGCGGAAUAUGCAGGUCAUAUACUGUCACGAGUGGACACAGACAUGGCGCAUAGAAUCUCUGGCCCCAGAAACGGAGGCAGAAGCUGCAUCUACACGACUAGAGAUCUGGGACGAUGCCAAGAAGAAGAUGCGUCUCUCGCUGAUGAGCCGCCUCACAGCCAACCGCACUCCUUACAGGCGCCGCGGCUGGUGUGCAGCUGAGCUGCAGUGGUCCAAGGCACGCUCUGACUCAGAGAAAACACAAAUCAUCGACAACGCAGAUGUGAUGCCGAAGUAUGGGCGAGAGGCCCCAAUGCCCCCCAACAUUUUCGAGGCACGGGUAGCUGCAGAGGAAUUGGUCUUCACUCACCGUGGGGACGCUAAGCCAGUGCUGGACCUGCAGGCGAAGAUUUUCAACAAAAAGGCCCAGGUCACCGAGGUGCUGUUCCUGCAGGAUCUGCCCCAGGAAGAGCUGAAGGUACUCGCUGCCGCGAUCCCGCUUUAUCCGCGCCUGAAGCGGCUGGAGCUGCGGCACUGCGAGUUUGAAGCUGGCGACUCCCGACCCCUCCUUGAAGCCCUCUUCGAUUCUUCCGUCCAAGAGCUCCACAUCGAGGACUGUGAGAACCUCCUUCCCUUCCUGGAGGCUUGGAGAAGGCUGAUUGAGGAGAGAAGCAGCUCAUGUGGGGAGGCGUGCCGAGGUCCUGCUUCAAUCUUUUUGAGGAAGAACAACAUCACAGACUCAGGGGCUCAGAUAAUCAUCCAAGCACUGCGACGGAGCUCCUUCUACAUGCAAGUGAGACUUGAGGAGAAUCUCCAAGAGGCCACUUUGAAGUCUUUGCGGCUUGCCAACGCGAUCUUAGCCAUCAAGUUCCAGCAGAAAGAUAAGAUUGAUUUGAGCCAGGCCGGCCUGGGCGACUCUGAUACCAAGGCUCUUGCUGAAGUUCUGAAGUCGAACUCCACCAUCGCAGAGAUCAACUUGGACGAUAACAAGAUAGGAGAUUCGGGGGCGCAGGCCCUUGCUGAAGUCUUCAUGGUGCACCCCUCCAUCAUGCGGAUCAGCCUAAACGCGAACGAGAUGGGGCUAGUGGGCGCGCAGGCCUUGGCAAGAGCCAUAGAGCUGAAUCCCUCCAUCAAAUCGGUCGAGCUCUCCGAUAGCCAGAUCGGAGAUCAUGGCAGAACUAUGAAGUUGGCGCAUGCGAUCUCGGCCAUCAAGUUCAGGGAAAGAGUCGAGGUUGAUUUGACUUGUGCUGGCUUGGGAGACUCCGAUGCACAGGCACUUGCAGAAGCCAUCAAGAUGGGCUCCGCCAUCGAAUCGAUCGACCUAGGUUCCAACCAGAUCGGGGACGUUGGAGCACAGGGUCUUGCUGAAGCAUUCAAGGCUAGCCCCUCCCUUCACACAUUGCGACUGAGAAAGAACCGAGUCGGAGAUAUGGGCGCACAGUCCAUUCUCCAAGCGAUCCAAGACAGCGACUCAUUCAAGCAGGCGUUCCUUGAAGGCAACCAGAUCCAAGAGAAUACCAUGAAGGACCUGGAGUUGGCCAACCAGAUUUCGAACAUCAAGUUCAUGGAGGAGGUGCAAAUCGCGAAUGUGACCAUUAACAUCAAGACGGUGCGGGUCCUCACUUUGAGCUGCAUGCGCUUGGACGACUCGCAUGCUGAGGUCCUCGCUGAGGCUAUCAAGGUGAGCUCGUCCAUCGAAUCGGUUGACCUCAGCUCCAACCACAUCGGAAGCGUGGGAGCGCGCGCCCUUGCGGAAGCCCUCAAAGUGACCUCCUCUGUCCGAAAGAUCGAUCUAAGUUCCAACUACAUUGGAGAUCCGGGAGGGCAGGCUCUUGCGGAAGCUGUGAAAGCUAGCCCCUCCCUCCAGUGGAUCGACCUGACCUUCAACCACAUGAACGAUAAGGGUGUGAAGGCUGUCAGCGAUGCGAUCCGAGACAGCUCCUCAGAGAAGGAGGCGCUCCUGAAAGGCAACGUCAUCCAAGAGGCCACCACAGAGGCGUUGGAGGUGGCACAGGUCAUCUGGCAGAUCAGGUUCAGAACAGCACCAGCUGCAGUUUGUUUACGCAGCAUGCGCCUGGAGGAUCCUGAUGCGAAGGCCCUCGCAGAAGCUGUCAAGAUGAAGUCUUCCGUCCGUAAGAUUGACUUGUGCUUCAACCAGAUAGGAGAUGCCGGAGCGCAAGCCCUUGCAGAAGCAAUCAGGAUCACCGCCUCCAUCGAAUCGAUCGACUUGGAGUACAAUAAGAUUGGAGACGUAGGGGCGCAGGCCCUCGCCGAAGCCACCAAGUCGAGCUCCUCCCUCACAUGGAUAAAACUGGGGGGGAACAAAAUAGGAGAUGUGGGAGCGCAAGCUCUUGCCGAAGUUAUCGAGGCGCGCUCCUCCAUGACAGAGGUCGACCUCGAAGGUAACAAGAUAGGAGAUUUGGGGGCACAGGCCCUUGCUGAAGUCUUCAAGGUGCACCCCUCCAUCAUGAGGAUCAAACUAGACGGGAACGAGUUUGGGCUGGCAGGGGCGGAGGCCUUGGCAAGAGCCAUAGAGAUGAAUCCCUCCAUCAGAUCGGUCAAGCUGUCUGCCGAUCAUGUCGGCAACAAGGUUUUAAAGUUGGCGCAUGCGAUCUCGGCCAUCAAGUUCAGGGAAAGAGUCGAGGUUGAGUUGUCUUUUGCUUCCUUGGGAGACGUCGAUGCACGGGCCCUUGCAGAAGCCAUCAAGAUGGGCUCCGCCAUCGAACGGAUCGACCUAGGUUCCAAUCAGAUCGGGGACGUUGGAGCACAGGCUCUUGCAGAGGCUGCAGCAGUCAGCUCCUCUCUGUGGAUAAUGAACCUUGGUGGCAACCGCAUUGGAAAUUUGGGAGCGCAGGCUGUCGCAGAAGCCGUCAAGACGAAUUCCUCCAUGCGGAGUGUCGACUUGAGCAGGAACCAGAUAGGAGAUGCUGGAGCGGAGGCCUUCGCAGCAGUCAUCAAGAUGAGCUCUUCCAUCCAUCGGGUCGAACUGGGACACAACGAGAUCGGAGAUGUGGGAGCACAGGCCCUUGCUCAAGCCUUCCAUCUGAGCUCCUCUAAGUUUUUGACACUUGAUUUGCCGGACAACAACAUCUAUGACGCAGGGGCAAAGGCCCUGGAAGCAGCUGCAAGCAACUGCAACUUGCCAAGGUUUAAAUCUAUUUCUUGGACUCCAACCAGAUCAAUGCUCCUGGAGCAGGAACGGGAGCAGCGGCGACUGGAGCAGCAAAGGGAGCAAAGACCUUUGGGUGGUGCAGCGAUCAGCUGGGCCCCAUACAAGCCACCUUGGCUUCAUAUCUCCGCAGCUUGUACUAAUGUUCGAGACAAAGGUUUUCUGACAGUGGACUUGGCCGCCAUGGGGGACAAUAUGUCAUGCUCGACACAUUGCGCCCCUAAUUGCAUCUCGCGGCAGCCACCUGGACAUGAUGUUCUUGAAGACCCUCCAAGGAAAAGCGUGGGUCGAACUUAUCCGGUGGCCGAUCCGGUCGAUUUGCAGCUCAACUGGCAGACAAUCGCGGUGCGGCAUGCGUGGAGAAAAGCGGCCGAGAUGGGUGACACUGGCAUAGGUCGACCGGAAGAGGGGAGGCCGCUUCGGGCGGCAGAGCCGGUAAAAGCCAAUGCGGCUGAGGCGGACGAUGCGCCCGGGCGAGGCAUUGACGUUGUCAAGAUUUGA